AUGCGAUACGGUGGAGCUGGCGAUGGCGAUGCGACUGGUGGAUUUUGGUGGAGUUUGCAUUUCAGAUGGGAUCUGGUCAGUAAGGCUGAGAAAAAACGACGCAAAUCGGUCACGGAACAUGUCCGGUCACCAACAAUGGCGGGCGGUUUAUUAGCAGCAAAUCGUAAAUAUUUUCUUGAAGUCGGUGGUUAC